UGUAAUUAGCCACGUUACGCUAAGUAAUAGCAUCGAUAUAAACGCAAACUGUUGAAAUUACUCUGUUGCCUAGAGAAGAAUAAUAAAUGGCAGCAAAGUUGAAAGCUCCGGACCACGAUCAAGCUUCAACCGGUUGUGUGAAUGUGUGUGAUUCAUGCGAACAGAGUGAAGGCAAAGAAGCAGAGAGCGGGGGUUGAGCGGUUGCCGAUACCCAAACACAUACAGAUACAUGCAAGUACAAGCUACAGAUACAGAUACAGAUACAUUCAACAUGACGACAGAGCCGCUGUUAGUUGGCAGCUGGCAGCUGGAGGUUGAUGCGAGCAACGCUCAGUCGACGAUACAAACCUGAACCUGAAAGAUCAAUUCGCGGGAUCUGCAGUGCGUUGAGGAACCGUUCUUACUUGAAUGAUAAUAGUACAUACAAUAUUGUAAAAUCUGUUAUUGUGUGUGUGUGUCGGAAUUGAAAGUACUCAGAUUCGUGUUCGUAUUUCGCACAUUAUUGAUUGUGCUGUCAAUUGUGGAAUAUUAUUUGAAAGCAAACGCGGAAGUGUCAGUUUAUUUUAGCAAAUAUCGCAAUAAAAUCAAAUACAAUUUCUGUGUAAAUCAUAAAUAAACAAUACCGUUCGUUGUGUGUCUCUGUUUGUUAACAAAAGAUAAAAAUACACUUCACCUCACUUCACUUAACGAAAUGCCAAAAGUCAAAGAUAUGCGAGUUGCAACGUUGCUGUUACUUCUAACAGUAUUCAAUGCAUACGCGCCCAUGGCAGACGGUCAAUCCUAUCUGCUCGCCCUGGAGAACGUUCUGACACGGCAAUUGCCCUACAAUCUGACAACUGUUAACGGUACAUCGGAUGCGGAUCUGUUUGCCGAGCAAGUGGAUAAUAAUACCAGAAUAUUUGUGUACAAAAAUAUCGUCGAGUCGAACAACGAAUUGUCACAGACGGCAAUGGACGUGAUUACCAUCGUGUGGUAUGUGGCAACAUUUUUGGCAUUGGCCGCCUUCUUCAUGCUGAUGGCCUGCUCGGAUCGCCGUUGUCGCGAUAUGCGCAAUCGCCAAGCGAGUGCCACGCCCAAUGAGCAACAGCGUGCCCCGCCCACGCCUUCGCCCUCGUACAGUGAAUUUGCGCCGCCCAGCUAUGAUACUGUCAUCAAAAUGCAGCAUGCGGCCAAGACGAGCAUCUUUGUGAUUCCCUUCAACAGCGACAAUAAGACAAACGAUGAUGCAACAAACAUAUCGCCUGUCUCUACGGAUCCUGCCAGUGUCUAUACAAUUGAUGAGCGGCCAAAGGCGACCAAAUAAUGUUAUACAUUGUAUUAAGUUUUGCCACUCUUUAGGCUAUCGAUAGAGCUUUAAGGAAACUACUCUGUGAUAAUUGCUGUGCGUGCCACUUGGUGCCAAUCAAAAUGUCGCCGUUUUGGCCAACUCGAAACGUGCUUCGGCUAUUUUGUUGUGCAGUGUAAAUUGUAUUUUUGUUAUAAUGUAUUGUAUUUUAGCAAUCGUAAUUAUUAAGUUAUAUUAUACAAGUAGUAUGCCAUAUAUCAUUGAUAUGUCAAUGGGUAUUUGAAAUGCGUAAAAAGACUGAAUGAUUAAAUAUGUUUACAUAUUGUGGUUUGUAAUAGUAGUCAAUUUACUUUUUCUCUGCCUUUUCAAUUGCAAUUACUGUCAAAUUGAUAUAUACAUAAAUAUUUUGAAUAAGAAAAUAAUUAAACACGUGAUUUACGUUUUAAAAAAUGAUUCAACUCGUUUUUUUGGGGAUUCCAAUUAUGUAAAUUAUUAAAAAAUUCAUGGACAAGUGGUGAAUCAUACUCGCUUUGAAAAUGACCGCUUGGCAAAGCAGUUGAGUAAGCAGUGCAAACAUGCAAGCAGUUGCGCAUUGUGCAGGUCUGGCAACAUUGUCUGCGAAAGCUACUCGUAACUUGGAGGUGUGUGAACCGGCUAAAGCAGUUGAGACACAAACCAAAAUGCAAAGAGAGACGAUGCAUCAGUUAAAAAUCACCUUUCAUAUUUAAUAAGAAAUAAUAAUAAAUAUGCUAUGAACAGGUGUUUUGGAUUCAAUUAAGCAAUUGUAUUUCCCCUCAUUUUUAUUAUUAAACUGUUCAUGAUAACCUAGUGUUUGUAUUG